AUGAUGUCCUCGUCAGAGCCAGGCGCCCCCGCAUCUUUAUCGUUACAGUACAGCCGUGUGCAACGGCAGUACCAGCAAAUCCUCGACCGGGUGACGCCCUUCGUGCUCUACCGAUGGCUCAGCUUUGCGGGGCUGCUCUUGCUGUUUAUAUUGAGGAUCUUUGUGGUACAAGGGUGGUAUAUUGUAUGCUAUGCCUACGCGAUAUACCUCCUGAACCUUCUGCUUGCGUUCCUGCAGCCCAAAUUCGACCCCUCUCUCGAGGAUGACCUCAUGGCAGACGAGAUCGAGGAAGGCGGCGAGCACACGCCCACCCUGCCGUCUCAGCGGGACGAUGAGUUCCGACCGUUCGUGCGGCGCCUGCCAGAGUGGCAGUUCUGGUUGUCUGCGACGCGCGCGACGGUGAUUGCGCUGUUCUGCUCUCUCUCACAGGUCUUCGACGUACCCGUGUACUGGCCGAUCCUGCUCAUCUACUUCUUCGUCCUGUUCGCACUUACCAUGCGCAGACAAAUACAACAUAUGAUUAAGUACAAGUAUAUCCCUUUCGAUAUUGGACGGAAAGUACGCUACGGUGGACACAAGUAG